AGUACGAACAGUCCGUUCUACACGGCCAAGGAAAGCCCUGAUCCGCUUGUGAUCAGUCAAGAGACGUCCAUUCGACCCUAUACUUAGACCCAUUCAUCCAAGGAGAGUUCCGCGAAACCGUGACGACGGCACAUCACAUAUAAACGGCAGACAUGGCAUCAAACUCGAUCAAGAUCUUUGCAGGCAACAGCCACUAUGACCUUGCCAAGUUGGUCGCUGAGCGUCUUGGGUUGAACCUGUCAAAGGUCAAUGUGUUGAAGUACUCGAACCAGGAGACCGCGGUCACGAUCGGAGAGUCCGUGCGUGAUGAGGAUGUGUUCAUUAUCCAAUCCGGCUCUGGCGAGAUCAACGACAACUUGAUGGAGCUCCUUAUCAUGGUCAAUGCCUGCAAGACCGCCUCUGCACGAAGGAUCACGGCCGUUAUCCCCUGUUUCCCCUAUGCCCGUCAAGACAAGAAGGACAAGUCGCGUGCACCCAUCACUGCCCGUCUCGUCGCCAACAUGCUCCAGACCGCCGGUUGCAACCACGUCAUCACCAUGGACCUCCACGCUUCCCAAAUCCAGGGUUUCUUCAACGUCCCGGUCGACAACCUGUAUGCCGAGCCCUCGACACUGAGAUAUAUCCGCGAAGAACUGGAUUACAAGAAUGCUAUCAUUGUCUCCCCAGAUGCUGGUGGUGCGAAACGUGCGACCGCUAUUGCGGAUCGGUUGGAUAUCGGGUUUGCGUUGAUUCACAAGGAGAGACAAAAGGCGAAUGAGGUGUCGCGUAUGGUGUUGGUUGGAGACGUUAGGGGCAAGAUUGCGAUUUUGGUGGAUGAUAUGGCGGAUACUUGUGGUACUCUUGCCCUCGCCGCCAAAACUUUGACGACGAACGGAGCGAAGGAGGUUUAUGCGAUCGUUACUCAUGGUAUCCUUUCUGGAAAGGCUAUCCAGAGGAUCAACGAGAGUGAUUUGACGAAGGUCGUCGUGACCAAUACCGUACCGCACGAGGACAAGAAAGCCAUCUGCCCUAAACUCGCGACGGUCAACAUCGCACCUACAUUGGCUGAGGCGAUCAGGAGGACGCACAACGGAGAGAGUGUUUCGUUUUUGUUUAGCAAUGCACCAUCGUCAUAAUUGGGAUU